UGAUGGUGGUGGUGGUGGUGGUGGUGGUGAUGGUGGUGGUGGUGGUGGUUAUGAUGAUGAUGAUGGUGGUGGUGGUGGUGGUGAUGGUGGUGGUGGUGGUGAUGAUGGUGGUGAUGAUGAUGAUGAUGAGUAUGGCGGCGGCAUCCGGUGUCGAGGACGUAGAGACCGUCGCCUCAGCCCAGUAUUCUGUUGGUCAUCUCCCAGCAACUUCGUCGUCCCUUUCCGAAAUCAGCAGCAGCAGCAGCAGCAGCAGCAGCAGCAGCAGCAGCAGCAGCAGCAGCAGCAGCAGCAGGAAUCGCUGUUAUGGGAUCUACUUUGA